UUUAAUAAUCUGUUGCAGUCUGUUCUCUAUGAUAAUCACACCGCAUGUCAAAAUAAUCGACCGGCGUUUAUUUUCAUGCUGAUUUCUACCUACCUAGGAAUACAUUUUUCUAUUCAAACUUUGUUCAAGAUAACUGAAUACUAAUUUAUUCUUAAAAUGGGGGACUGGGACGAUGACUGGAUUGAAGAUCCGGUAGUUACGCAUCCGCCCCAUUCAACUUCUGUGCAAAAUAACUAUCGCACCCGAACUUGGCGAGGCGGCCGGGGACGUAACACGGACACUAAUUGGAGACAAAAUGGUACCAAUACUCAGCAAAACAACAAUAGAUGCUUUCAGUCACGGUCAGACUAUAACAAAAAAGUAAUAUACGUGCCCUCGACAAAAGUUGGCAAAAUUAUUGGCAAAGGCGGAUGCAAAAUUCGCGAUCUUCAAUCAGAGUCAGACGCUAAAGUUAAAGUCGGCGAUUCUAAUGGCAACGAGACCGAUAUAACGCUGAGCGGAACGGAUGCAGCAAUUUCUAAAGUUGAGGAACUGAUUAAUAAUCUCAUUGAAGAUCCGCCGCCCCCAGACUUGAACACAAGCCAGAACAGCACUGGAUCCGGAGAUUUCUUCAAGAAAAAUGAAGGAGGUAUGCAGGUUAUUGACUGGGAGAAACUCAAUGCAUUCUAUGAUGAAGAGCAAAGCAAUAGAUGGGCGAAACUGCCGCCCGUGGUUAAAGAUUUCUACAAGGAAGAUCCUGCGGUUGCUGCUAUGCCUGCAGCGGAGGUGGCUCGCUGGCGCCAGGCCAACCAUGACAUACAAGUAAGGAGAACUUUUGAAGACAAGCCUGGACUCAAGCCGAUUCCAAACCCAGUUUUGACCUUUGAACAAGCAUUCAGCCAGUAUCCUGAGAUAUUGGAAGAAAUAUACAAACAAGACUUUAAAGAGCCUACACCUAUUCAGUGCCAAGCUUGGCCUAUACUACUGAGUGGAGAGGACAUGAUUGGCAUUGCUCAGACUGGUACAGGGAAGACAUUGGCAUUCCUAUUGCCUGCACUUAUUCAUAUUGAGGGACAAACCAUUCCAAGGGAGAAACGUGAAGGUCCAGUAGUCCUAAUUAUGGCACCCACCCGAGAGCUUGCCCAACAAAUUGAAAGGGAGGUGGGCAAAUAUCACUACAAAGGAAUAAAAUCCAUUUGCCUCUAUGGUGGAGGGGAUCGCAAAGAUCAGAUCAAGGGCCUCACUAAGGGUGUGGAUAUUGUUAUUGCAACUCCAGGACGACUUAAUGACUUGGUGCUGGCCAGACAUCUUAAUGCCAUCAACUUUUCAUACAUUGUUUUGGAUGAAGCCGACAGAAUGUUGGACAUGGGUUUUGAACCACAGAUCCGUAAAUCACUCUUUGAUGUAAGACCUGACAGACAAACUGUAAUGACUUCUGCUACUUGGCCAUCUGGCGUACGUCGCCUUGCACAGUCAUACAUGAAGGACCCCAUACAAGUCAAUGUGGGAUCCCUAGAUCUUGCUGCUGUGCACACUGUGACCCAAAAGCUUCUAUUUGUUGAUGAGGACAAGAAAGAGCAAGCACUAUAUGAAUUCUUAUACAGCAUGGAUCCUAAUGACAAAGUCAUUAUAUUUUGUGGCAAGAAAGCAACAGCCACACACAUCACUACAGAGUUAUGCCUUAAAGGGAUACAUUGUCAAUCACUCCAUGGAGACAGAGAGCAGAGUGACCGUGAGGCAGCUUUGGGAGAGAUGGUUGAUGGUACUGUCAACAUUUUAGUAGCAACUGAUGUAGCAUCCAGGGGCAUUGAUAUAAAGGACCUUACCCAUGUGGUCAACCUGGACUUCCCCCGCCAUAUUGAAGAGUAUGUACACCGCGUGGGUAGAACUGGGCGUGCUGGGAAAACUGGUAUUGCACUGUCCUUCAUUUCAAGAAACGACUGGGCCAAUGCUGGAGAACUUAUUAAAAUUCUUGAAGAAGCAAACCAAGAUGUACCUGAUGAACUGCAGUUGAUGGCGCAGAGGUUCGAAGCCAUGAAAAUAAGGAGGGAGAAGGAAGGUGGCGGCAGGGGCGGCGGUCGCGGCGGCCGGGGACGACGAUGGUAGAUUAGUGUUUUUUCUUGAUGCCUCACAAUUGUGAUACGCAUUUGUGUACCUUUAACUUGAUAUUUCAGUAGUGUUUAGCUCUAAGAUUUCAUAUGUCUAUGAAACUGUGAUGUUGUUAGAGUGUGUUAGGUACUUUAUUUUUUCUAAAAUGUGAUCUUAUAUUUAGAUGUAAGGUUCCUUGCUGCAGUAUUUCCAAUAGAUAUAGACAACUAUCAAUAAUAUUUAAUUUCCUUUUCAAGUAGUGUUUCAAGUUUUAUGUAUUUUUGAAUAUACAUAAAACAUGUUUGUUAUAAUCAGUAUUAAUUGAUGUGAGUUGUACACAGUCAUGAGAAUCUGCUAUUGACCUAAUGUUAUGAUUUAAUCAUUGAAAACUACACCCGCAGUUAAUGGCGGCCUUAACCAACGCAAGGCGCAUGGGCAGCAUAUCUGCAAGUACUUUUUUCUUCCAGUCCUUUGUCAGUGCUAGCACGAGGCCCCGAAUGGGAGCAAAGAAAGUUCCCAGACAUUGCCCAUAGUAUAACAUAGUGUCUCCCUUAAUUAAUAGCCUCCUUUUAUAUUGAUCUUGUAUCAAAAAAAUUAGUAAUUUGCGAACAGUACAUGUUCAUAUUCAUUGGAAUAGACAGCAGAUUGCUGCUGUGUACAAUUCACAUAAUUCUCGUAAAUCCAGUGUUAGUUUUAAAUCUCUAUUGAUAGGAUUAUAGCUGUUUUAUGUCUACUUACUACUAUAAAGAUAUCUCGUAGCGUUCAGAUCUUAAAAUUGUGAAUCUUCAAUUUUAUUAUGCAGCUGUAACUAUUGUCCAGAAACUGUUCAAAACAGUUUAAAAAAUUUGAUUACCUAGUUUUAUAUUCUUGAUACCAUUCCAUUGGUAAAUUUUUAAUAAAACCUAUUUUGUGGCAUGGUGUAUACAACUUAUUCAAAUUAGCUAUAGAAAGACUGACACUGUUUACCAUAAUUUAUUUUUAUUGGGAAUGAAUACAUCAUAGAUGUAAAAAAAAAAGUUGUAGGUAAUACGCAUGUAUUUAGAGUUUACAAUUUUUUUCAACCAUAUACGAGUAACAUUUAACACCAAUUAGCAAUUUUGUAAUAGUUUAUUGCGGAAACAUUUAAAUAUACACGAUACGCAUUUAAUUUAUAUUAACUUUAAAGUGCUCUCCGCUAAUUUCGUGCCGUAAAUUUAAACAUUAAAGUGUUAGAAAUAA